AUGUCGUUCAAGUCUACAGCAUCCAAGCAUCAGGCACAGACUACAGUCAGCAAGCUAUUUGCCAAUAUCUUGCCUAAUCACACUAUAGGCAAUGAUGAAGACAAACAGGAAAAGUUGUCAUCCACACAGCUUCUUUCCAACCAGUUGAAGCAACUGUCUGUUCCUUUGAAGAAAGUAAAGAAGAAGACAAAUGCUAAGAUCAAAAAGAUAAAUGAUCUGAAUACCAAGUUCAAGAAGUUUGUUAAAUAUAACAUCAUCAAGAGUCGCGAAGAGCACACAGUAGAAGAACAGAAAUACUUGAAGAAGUUGGUGAAGCGGAAUGCAUCUCAGAUCAAGAACUUAUCCCACAUAGACAACAUGCAAAUAGAAGAAGAGUUAUCCGAUGUGCGAGCCAGCUUGAUUGACAAGAUUGGAAAGAAAGAAAAUAAGAGACUUAGGAAGAGAAAGUUGACUUCAGCAAAGAAUAGCAAAUUCGAUGACUUUGAUAACAAGGUCAAGAGGGGAUUCAUUUCUGUUCCUGGCUUGACUCCAGGUUUGGCACCAAUAGACUACAAUGAAUCCGAUUCUGAGUAA